AUGCCAGUACGCAACCCCAUCCUCCCAGGCUUCAACGCCGACCCCUCCAUCCUGCGCGUCAAAUCCUCCUACUACAUCGCAACAUCCACCUUCGAAUGGUACCCAGGCGUCCAAAUCCACCACUCCACCGACCUCGCAAACUGGGAUCUAAUCGCGCGCCCCCUCUCACGAGCAAGCCAACUCGACAUGCGCGGCGCCCCAGACAGCUGCGGCGUCUGGGCGCCCUGCCUCUCGCACGACGGAACCCAGUUCUGGCUCGUUUACACAUACGUCACGCGCAAGGACGGCUCGUUUAAGGAUUCGCAUAAUUAUAUCGUCACGGCUCCAGAGAUUACAGGGCCCUGGUCGGAUCCAAUCCAUGUCAACUCGUCCGGGUUCGACCCGAGUUUAUUCCACGAUGAGGACGGGAGGAAGUGGUUUGUGAAUAUGCUGUGGGACCACCGGCGGCGGCCGCGCGCGUUCGCCGGAAUCGCGCUGCAGGAAUUCGAUCCGAGGGCUGGGAAACUGGUUGGGGAGAGGAGGAAUGUGUUUAAAGGCACGGAGCUGGAUCUGGUGGAGGGGCCGCAUCUUUAUAAACGGGGUGGGUGGUACUAUCUGCUCACGGCGGAGGGGGGCACCGCGUAUCAGCAUGCUUGUACGCUUGCGAGGGCGAGGAGUAUCUGGGGUCCGUAUGAGACGCAUCCUGUGAAGCAUAUCCUGAGUUCGAAGGAUGCGCCGUUUGCGGCGCUGCAGCGGGCGGGGCAUGGGGAUUUGGUGGAGACGGAGGAUGGAAAGGCGUAUCUGGUGCAUUUGAUGGGGAGGCCGGUUGGGCAGGGGAGACGGUGUGUGCUGGGACGGGAGACGUCUAUUCAGGAGGUGUAUUGGGAUGAUGAGGGCUGGUUGUGGGUGAAGGAUGGGCCGGUGCCGUCGUUGUAUGUUGAUGUCCCUGGGACUCGCCGUGAAGGGGAGUACUGGGCUGAGCAGAGGUAUACUUUCACCGAUGCCCUGCAUAAGGACUUUCAGUGGCUGCGUACGCCUGAGCCAGAGCGCAUCUUUUCUAUUGAAGAUGGGAGUCUCUCGCUGAUAGGCCGUGAGUCGAUUGGGUCUUGGUUCGAGCAGGCGCUUGUUGCCCGGCGGCAGACGCAUUUCUCAUACGAUGCGGAGACUGUCGUUGACUAUACGCCUUCUGAUGAGAGGCAGUUCGCCGGUCUUGUCGCAUACUACUGCAGGUACAACUUCUUCUACCUGGCAGUGACAGCAGAUGCAGACGGCCAGCGGGAGAUCAAUAUCCUUCGCUCUGAAGCAUCAUACCCGGAAGGAAAGCUCGAUACGCCGUUCCCUGAUCCAGUUCAAAUUCCGAAUGAAGGGAAGGUUAGACUGGCAUUGAGUAUCAGGGGUGGACUCACGCUGCAAUUCUUUUAUGCACUGGGAGACGGAGAGCUCCAGGCAGUGGGCCCCGUAUUUGAUGCGUCGAUUCUGUCGGACGAGUGUGGUGGCCACCAGGCCCAUGGGAGCUUCACUGGGGCGUUUGUCGGCAUGGCCUGCUCGGACGUGAAUGGGACAGCUCUGCCAGCGAAAUUUGAUUCUUUUGUGUAUAGACCAGUGCAGGACACCGCGGAUCGAUAUGAGGUAUGA